AUAUGAAAAAAAGUUUAUCAAAAAAAAACUUUUCAGUAAUAAUACAUAUAUACUGUUAACGAGCGUCGGCAAUAGUGGCUUUUACUGUGCGUGAUUCAUUUAAGUAAGCCUUAAUAACGGAAUUAAGACUUGUGGCAUAAAGAAGUGAAUAUAUUGGUGUUAUUUAGCUCAAUGUUGUCUUCAAUAUCUUCAAAAAUUAAUUCGCACAAGGUUUUAUAGGAAUGUUCGAAAAUAGGUUUUGAGGAAGGCUAGAAACAUAGAUUGCUGCGUGUGCCGUCGUUAAUAAAAUUCUCGAUAUGGCAGCACUUUGUUUUUUCUUUUCCGUAGUAUUUGUCAUAAAAAUUGGACUAUUCUUAUUUGCUAUUGAAAAUUUUCAGUCAACCUAUUGAAAUAUGAAGCGUAAUUUUUCGGCUCGUAAAAAGCGUUCUGAUGGGAAAUGGGUUGUUUUAAACGAAGAGGAAUUAAUACGUCAAGUUGCACUUAGACCAGUAUUAUACGAUCGAUCUUUGAAAGGCUACCGUAAAGCAUCGUCGAGACAGCAAUCUUGGUUAGAUGUAAGUUUAGCAAUGGAUACGACUGUUGAUGAAUGCCGACGAAGAUGGCGUUCUUUGCGUGAUUCAUUUGCUAAGCAUUAUAAACAGGUACAACAGAACGCGAAUUGUGGCGAUGGUUCUCAUAAAAAACCACGUAAAUGGAUAUUUUAUGAUCAAAUGAGUUUUUUAAUACCCUACAUAGACAACGCAAGCUAUGGAUUAGAUGACCAACUACUAGAUGAUUUGCUAGAUAAUUCUGACGAUGGUCAAAGUAUAGUCUGCCAAGCUCCAGAAUGCGAGCAAACACCAACCGCUGCUGACACUAAAGGAGGAAUCAUUCUUAAAGAAGAACAACGGAAUCACGUCUCGGUACAAGCGACUGAAUGUAUUGCGCUCAAUGGGGAAGAGAAAGCUAGCAACCAAAAUUCCUCCAUACUAAGUGUGCAGUGCGCUGAAACUAACACCGAAGAAGACAUAGAUUCCGAUGAAAAGUUCUUACUUAGCUGCGCCCAUAUUUUAAAACGUUUCACAAAUCGUCAGAACUCUUUGGCACGCUUAAGAAUUCAACAGAUCUUAUACGAAGUUGAAUUUGGUACCAGCGAAGAUGUUUGCACCACCUCUAAAUUGUGCGCAUAAUUAUUAAAAAGUUCUUUCAAUUAAGAAUUUUCUUUUAAAAAUAAAGUGCGCUUCAAUGCGUAACUAGCAGUACCUGAUUGUAUAUUACCAAAAAAUAAUAGUUUGCGACAAAUUUAUACUGCUUUAUACGAGAGAACUUGAAACCAAGUUUGGCGGUCCCUGUUAGCAUCUAAAUUUACAACAUUAGUCAAAGCGCAGCAGCUGUUAUAUUAUAAACUGAACAUGGUCUCAACGAAACAUUUUGGGUAUGUCUUAAGUAAAUUUAUUAUACGUUCAAAAUAUUGGAAACUUAUCGGUAUUCAUAUAAACAUAUUAUAAGAAUUUAUCGGAUUUACGGUACAACUGUUUAUUUAUUAUAGAUGUAACUUACUUGCUAAUACCACAACAUUUUUAGAGAAGUUCCUUAUCAGUAAAAUAUCGUUUGAGAUAUUUCAGAAAUUAUAUGUACAUAGAAACGAUAGGUAGAAUUACUUACUGCAUCUCCCUUAACACGGUUAUAUAUAAGACCUAUCAUUGGUUAUAUGAGUUGAGCCGAAGCUUUGAGCAUUUUAAAUUUAU